AUGAUAUUAAUAGUAGCUGAAAGUUUAUUUUUAAUAGCAGCUUCAAUUGCUUAUGUUUUAAUUGAAGCAAAAACAUAUAAUUCUACUUAUUACAAAGUGUUGGAAAUAAUAUUCAUGGCAAUAGUGUCUUUUGUUCAAUUAUCAGCAAUCAUAAUAAGAAAAAGAAUUGACUCUCCUUAAAGCCCUCUCAAAAAUCCAUCAAAAACUAUUCAAUUAGAAAAUAUCAGCACUUUUAAAUUAAAAACUAUUUCAGCCUGCGAAGAUACUUAUAAAAUAUAAUUUUAGAAUAUGCCAUCAUAGGCAAAUUAACCUAAGUUAGUUAGAAGACAAUUAUCAAUGUUCUCAGAAAAAAUUAUAUGA